UGAUUUUCAUCCUCUUCAGUCUUCAGUCGAGAGGAAAAAGAAAGAGAGCCACCCAAUCUAGAUUCUUCUUUAAAUUUAAUUUUCUGAUAGGUGACAGCGCCUUAAUUUCUCUCCAAGCCUCGCGAGGCGGUAACCCAACUUACAUAUCGAUACUCCUAAAAUAUCUCUGGUUUCUUACCUAUCACAGUAGGCAGCGCCAAGUUUAGAAAAAACGAGUACGAACCCGCGAAUCUCAAAGCCCCCGUGCACCCGUACUUGGUUGCUCGGCGUUUAAAUCCGCCCCGGCCCCUUAGAUAAGUUGCCGGGCGAAUUACACGCUCGCCUCAGUCUUAGCUGGGACAAGUCGAUUGGUCAUCUUGGCCUAGUUCAUAAAGGGAGAGAGACAAGGGGAUCGAUCGCUCACACGGUACACCCACCGAGUCUCUGGUCUUGUCUGUGGGGACUCUUAAGCCCGCGGAUUCCAGGUACUGGACUAAGGUACCUACCCAAAAGUUACCUAGAUCGAACUGUUUCUACAAAACGUCAACCUACAUUUACCUUAAUUAACCUAAUCAAUCCCAGUGAACGACCACAGACCAACACGACGAAAGAUAAAUGAUGGAUCACAUGAGAGUUGAUCCCGGGGGCUUCCAGAUGCCAGGAAUGCCCCGUCCACAACUCUUAAACCAGCCGCCACAGAUAUUCGGAGCUUACAGCCAUGAUGGUUUGCCUGUGCUACCACCGGAGCUCGCGGCCCAGAUGGCCUUCGACCCAUCAGCGCUGCUAGACGAUGCGAACGAGGCAAAGAGGCGGAGAAUCGCACGGGCUUGCGACAUGUGCCGGAAGAAGAAAAUAAAGUGCGAUGGGAAGCUUCCAGCUUGCACGCAUUGUAUCAAUUACAAAACAGAUUGUGUCUUUACACAAGUUGAGAAGAAGAGAAAUCCUCCGAAAGGUGCAAAGUAUAUCGAGGGCUUAGAAAACCGUUUAGGACGCAUGGAAAGCUUGUUGAGGUUGUCGGGCCUACUUGGAGAUGACGAUGAAUCGACCGACCUCGCCACCUUAGAAAAGCGCCUCUCAGAGAAACACCAGCAGUCAAGACAAGCUUCACAAGCACUCACUUCGAAUCCUACAUCACCAUCACAAGCGACACCCGGCCAAGAUGGCACGGUAUCGACCCCGCGAAGUUCAGUAACCUCACCUGAGCCGAAUAGAGAAAAGGAUUUCAGGAAAGAACACUCUCCCCAACCCGAAAAACCGAGGGUCGAGGAAGAAGUAGAGGCGCUAUCUGAAAUGAUGUGCUCAUUGGUGACGAACCAAUCGGGAGAGACAAGAUAUAUAGGAUCCUCUUCCGGAUUUUCGAUAUUCUCACCGAAGGGUAUACAAUGGGUGAAUGAAAAGACAGGAGACACUUCUUUCCAACAGAUGAUCUCCGAGGUUUCCAUUGACGAUCAUAAAUGGAAUCACUGGAAGCCAGAGAUCUUCAGCGAUCUCUUUCACCGUCCCAUCUAUCGACCAUUGCCGCCCAAGCCUGAAGCGCUAUCCCUGCUCAAGGACUAUUUUGACAACUUCAACUGCAUGUUCCCGCUAUUCCACCAACCAACGUUUAUGCACCUCGUCGAGAGACAGUACUCCAAUGAUCCCUACCAAGGUUCCGGAUGGUGGGCGAGUUUAAACGUCGCUUUGGCGAUUGCGCACCGUCUUCGAGUUAUGAGUAAUCUUGUACCGCAGGAAGAUGAUGAUAAGUCGUGGGCAUACAUGAAGAAUGCUAUGGGCGUGUUCUCCGAAUUAACGAUGCGUAAUACCGAUCUAUUAAGCGUACAAGCUCUACUUGGAAUGGCUUCCUUUAUGCAAGGUACCCCGAACCCACAACCUUCGUUCUUACUCGUUGCAGCAGCUAUCCGACUGUCACACAGCAUUGGGCUACAUAAGCGUGGAAGCGGGUUCAAUCUUAACCCAGUUGAGAUAGAGCAAAGAAAACGAGUGUUCUGGAUAGCGUAUAUGUUGGAUAAGGAUCUAUGUCUCCGAUCCGGGCGUCCUCCAGCACAAGACGAUGAUGAUAUGAACGUCGAACUUCCGGAUGCCGACCCUAUGGAUAAUAUCGGCAACAUCCCUCUUGCCGAUGGAAAGGGGAAGAUGAAUUUGUUUCGGGCGAUGUGCGAAUUAACAGUCAUCGAAAGCCAAGUUUACAAGAAGCUAUAUUCCACAAAAGCUACGAAGCUAUCAGAGGGCGAGCUGCUGCAAACUAUUGGCGAACUCGACAAGCAACUAGAGACAUGGAAGGACAACAUACCCAUUGACUUCCGUCCGGAACACGAAAUAAAGGCCUCUCACACCCCUCUCAUACUACACGUCGUCAUGUUACAUUUCUCAUAUUACAACGCUCUCACCACCAUCCACCGCAUGUCUGUACAUCACGGCUACUGGACAAGCCGACUCUCCAACUACGCAAUCCAGGGUCUGAACGCCAGGCCCUUGAACCCGCGAGUGUUUGCCUCGGCAGCUCUCUGCGCAUCCGCCGCUCGAGCAAGUAUCCAAUUGCUAAAAUACAUCCCACAGGGCGAUUUCUCCUGCGUAUGGCUCAUCCUGUACUUCCCCGUCUCGGCGCUCGUCACGCUCUUCGGCAACAUCCUGCAGAACCCGCUCGACCCGCGCGCCAAGUCGGACACGAAGCUCAUGAACCUCGUCGUCACUUUCCUAUCGACGCUCGGCCAGGAGGCCGAGACCGGCGGCGUCCACCGCAUGCUGGGCGUGUGCUCGGAGUUCGAGCGGAUCGCCAAGAUCGUCAUCGACAAGGCCGAGCGCGACACCUCCAAGCGGAAGCGCAAGUCCCACGACCCGGCCCACCGGCCCUCCGUCGGCGCCGUCAACUCGCCCUCCUCCAUGUCCCAGACCAACCACAACACGCACCACACGCCGCGCCCCUCCUCGUCCGCCGCCACGCCCACGCCUAGCUACACGACGCAGCUCUCGCCCAAAUUCAACGGGGAGCAGAACCGCGCGAACAACAGCAGCAACGGCGGGUACAGCCCGAUGAACACAGCCUCAUCCACGAACGGCGCCGCGCCGCGCGACUGGCCCAGCAGCGCUACGACGACUCCCGGUCCUUCCACCACGGGCACGACAACGACGCAAGAAUGGGACCCGAACGCGAUGGACUUCGGCAACUUCUCGGAGCUGACGGGCUUCGGGCAGCCGAUCGCGUCGCCGCCGCUACCCGGCCAGAACGGGUACCAGCCGCUGCUGCCGCAGGAGCUGUGGCAGAUGUCCGGCGGGCUCGACUGGGACUGGGCCGAGUUCACCGGCGGCGCGUACCCGAGCUUCGAGAAUGGGAAGACGCAGGAUGGGAUACGAUAAAAGAUAAGGAUAGGUUGGGAUUUUUAUCUCUCCCCUGCUCUGCUUUUUUUCAAGGGGGAGGUGGAGCUUUGCGGUUCGCCAGUUUACACGUGUGCUAUAGAACUAUGAACGGCGGGACCUUGACAUAGCGCGUGCGAUCUGAAAACUCUUUUGGCCGUCCUGUUCGCGGGUUUCGACGGAUAUGCGGGAACGAAAUGUUCGGUUGGAGAUUGGGGGGCAUGGUUCAUGGGCAUUUAAUGGUAAUGGGAUGUGGCGUGCGAAAUGGUUCUUGAAAUUUCCAAAAUCAGGGGGAGUUUGUUACGUUUGGUCUGGUCUGGUCUGGCCUGGCUCUUCACGCGAACGCGAACGUUACUAUGACGGCCGGCAUAUCUAGUUACUUAGCUCAUGAGGAGUUGCGAUCUUGAUUUUUAGCUUGCUUUCACCCUGCUCUAUAUAUAGGUAUUGUAUAAUGAGGCGGGGAUACGAUGUUCAUGUAGCACUUCACCACUUGCUUCCGUAGCGGAGAGGCCUGUGUAUAGCAUAUACUUCAAAAUUAUGUCCGAU